AUGGGCAUCCUCUCGAACCUACUCACGCAGUACUCAGGCGGAGACGAGAAAGCCAAAGCAGAACAGGCUGUUCUUCCGCCGGUGCAAACAACGCAGCAACAAAGUCCCACGCAAGCCGUCAGCCAAAGCCCGAGCCAAAGUCCGAAACCAAAUGGCCUCCUCUCAGUCGACGAUGAACUGCGGGAGAAGAUGCGCACAAACCCGCGGGCACGCACUGUCAGACAACUAUCGCUUUUUUUCGCUGGCGCCACCUUCUUCGGCCUGAGUCUCGUUGUCACGCGCAGAGCUGUCGCCCGGAAACUUGCUGCCUCUGCUCCGAGGCAAUUCACGCCCUCCAACUUCCAGCCCAAGGACGUCAACGGCGGUGUCGAAGCUGCCCAGGCCUUUGCUCUAGCUACGUUGAAUGUCACCAGUGCAGCCAUGAUGGCUACCGGCGGUAUGAUGUACGCCUUGGACGUCACCGACACAGAAGACAUGCGAUCCAAGUUCAGAAAGAGCUGGGGCUUUGAACGUACCGCUCUCGAAGAGGCCGAACAAGACGAAGAGAUGGAGAAGAUGGUCAAAGAGUUCAUGGACAAGAAGGAAGGCGGCGAUAACAAGGGCAUGGCCGAGGGUCUUGCCGGCCUUGUUGCUGCCAUGGCUGCGAAGGAGGAAGAGAGGCUCACCAAGCUCCAGAAGGCCCAAGACGGUCUGCAUGUCUCCACCAAAGACAACUGA